AUGGGCGCUGCAGCUCCGUCGACCACGCAGUGGACGGGAGCGGGUGGAGCUCCCUCGAUGAGUGCCCAGCAGUGGUCACCCUUCACGCCAGACCGAUGGCGGCGGCUUCCCCCGGCGCGUUCCCGGCGGCGGAACCCCAGGGCAUCCCCGCCAGCGCGCGGCGAUGGCGUCUUCUACCGCGGCUGCACCCCCUUCACCCCGAGCCCCAUGGCGUCCCCGCGCGGCUUCACCCUGAGCCCCGGGUCGUCCCCGCGCGCCGCCGCCUCCGGCUCCGGCUCCACGGCCUCCUCCUCGUCCGGCUCCCGCGGCUACGACGAUGAAGCGGCGGCCGCGGCGGCGACGGAGCACCGCCUGCGCAUGGCCCGCUUCGCGCUGCAGUACCAGGACGCGGUCAACCGCUACCACCUCUGCGUCUCCCAGCUCGCCCACGCCGCGCGCGAGGCCGACGCGCUCCGCCUCCAGAACGCCAGCCUCCGUGGCGCCAACAACGACCUCGCUGGCCGCGUCGUCAUGCUCGGCGGCAAUCGGGGCCCCGCCAUCGCCCUGGCUGGGCAGCUCCGACGCCUCCACCUCGGGCCGAUGCAGCCCAUGCCGGGGGCUCCGACAAUGCUGCCUAUGCCGUGUCCCGCAUCCCCGGGUCCUCCGAUGCUGCUGCCGAUGGCGCGACCCGGCUUCCCGGUUCCUCUGAUGCUGCCUAUUCCUCGUCCCGCCUCCCAUGGUCCUCCAAUGCUGCCCAUGGCGCGUCCCGCCUCCCCGCCUGCAACACGACUGACCUGGGGGCGCUAG